AAAAUAGUGCUUUUUUAACACCGGCUGAAACUGUCCCGAGUCGGUCCUGGCAGUCCUGACUCCCGGGAAAUAAUUGUUUAAAAAGUUCUCUUUACACAAUGCUAAUUGCUAAUACCUUCUCGUCGAUCUACGCGCUUCAUGAUCUUCGUUCCACUGUAAAAAACACAGAUAACAUAGUAGAUCAAAUAAUUCAAAUGGAUUGGUUUCCCAACAUAUAACCAAAUAUUUGGAUCUUGGAACUUCUCCCUCCAAACCCUAAAUAUUUGAAAAAUUUAUAAGAAGAAUAUCAAAAUUGAAAGCAAGUAUGGAACAUAUUGAUAAAAGCCAUCAAUAUUUAAUACAAUUCUUGCUUAAAAAUGGCACAUCAAAAUUGCAACGAGCCCUUCAAUACUGUUGUAAAAUAACUGGCAAUGAGGUAACGGAAAACGAAUUAGAAGGAAUGAUUAAUCAAAUAAAUAGGGUUAUAUCCAACCAACAUUUUAAAAUAAUACAAUGUAAAUGCGAAGUAACUGAAGAGAAUUUGCUUGUUUGGAUCAAUUUGAAAAACGAUUCUCUAACAAAGCUUCAAUCGAACUUUACAGAGCGAGAUUUGGAAUAUUUCAAAGCGAUUUUGCAAGAAAUAUUGAACUCUGAUUUAAGAAAAAUCAUGUUUGUAGUAUGUAUAAAUAUUACAUCCACUUUAUCAGGGAAUUAUACAAGAGAAAAUGGUCAAACGGCGCUAGCAAAAUGGAUUAAUGGAGGCUAUUUUGUUAAAAACAGUGACUUUUUACACCUGGGUCCUAGAUUGAUAUUUGAAUUCACGACCUUUUUGAGAUCUAGAAGACCAGAUUGUGUUUGUUUUUUAUGUUCAGAAAUAUCAUUUACCGGAAGAAUUUGUGGUAAUUGCGAUACAAUGUUUCAUUCAUAUUGUAUAAACAUGUACAUGGAGACCCAAGUUACUUGCCCAUAUUGUAAAAAUAAUUGGAUAGAAAGUGAUAUAUUUAGUAAUAAUGUAAGAGAUAGCAUAGCUCAAAAUUCUAAUUUGAAUAGUGGUGAAGACGAGCAGGAAGAGUAUAUUAAUCAACCAGGACCCAGUUACAGAAUAAGAUAACUAAAUAUUUUAGUGAAGUUUAUUUUUUAAAUAUUAUACAUAAGAGUUUAAAUUUGAGCCAUGUAACAUAAGUUAUUUUUCUAUUCAGCAUUAAAUUAUAAUUAUAUAUAAUAAAGUGUUAUUGACCAAAAAAUC